AUGUCAAGGCGAAUGGAGGCAGAUCUACGAUUGAAACGUCCCAAGCUGCUAGCAUUCAAUUCAGCUCUCAACAACACCAAACAGGAGGCAUCAGCACAGAUACUGCGAAGCAAUGGUCGCAACUAUUGCAGGCCACCAGAUCUACUCGAGGAUAGGAAGCAGGAACUUCCGUUGGACUCCUACUCCGAUAUACGCUUCGUAGAGGCUGUAAAGGCCUUUACGACAUACCCUCUCUUCGAUCUGCAGGACACAACAACAAGUCUACUUCUAUGCUCCAUUCCAGACCACCCCAUUCGGCUGCAUUCAGCACUCUCUAGCGAGCUGAUUGCAUCUUAUCCGUUUGUGAACACCACCACGGAGGCCUAUAUUGCUCCUCACUCCUUGCUCUUUACUGGCCAUGGACGAAAUUUCAUCGCUGGCUCGAGCAAUCUUGUUGCCACAUUUGAUGUUACCCGACCCGGUCACGGGCCUUCUAGCCUGUUUGUGACAGCAGCCAGCCGUAGAUCGAGAAAGCUAAAUGGUUCGAUUGGCUUGAGAGGUAUAGUUUCUGCGCUUUCUAUAGAUCCGGCUUCGAAGGUUCUGGCAGCAGGUACCUUUUCACGCCAUGUCGGCUUAUAUGAUGCUGCCGGAGAGGGAGAAUCUCUUGGUGUGUUCAAACUUGAAGGAAACGAGGCCGAUGGCAGAAUUAGCGGGAGAGGUAUCACACAACUGAUAUGGAGUCCCUGUGGUCGAUACCUGUACAUCGUUGAGAGACAGAGUCACGGCAUUAUGGUUUACGACAUCCGCAAAUCCGGGCAGCUACUAAGUUGGACUGAGGGCAGGAUGGCUGAGACCAAUCAGAGACUACAAGUCGAUCUUUUCAAUUCUCCAAACGCUAGUGGUGAUCUUGAGUUGUGGGCGGGCGGAGUUGACGGCAAUAUUCGUGUGUGGAGGAACACUCAUUGUCAAGAGGGAGGACAGCAACCAGAUCUAGACUGGCAUCUUCACGAUGACGCAGUCUCUAGCACAACCGUCCACCCUUCCGGCACUGUGGUUGCAAGCUGUUCCGGACAGCGGCACUUCAAGAUGGAUCAGCAGGAUUCUAGCGACUCUGACGAGAGAAGCGACGAUGGUACUGAUGUGGUUAUUAAAAAGACUUUUGACAACAGUCUGAAGCUUUGGACAAUAUGA